UGUGACUGGGUGAACUGUCUUGGCUUAAAAACUGGUACAGGAUGACUAGGCUGAACGAACGUCCUCUGAUUGAAUCCAACAAAUUUGGGUCGGUUUUGGCUCUUGACAUCUCGCGAAAAGCAUACCAAAAAGUGGUGAGGUCCCUGGCAUCUACUACAGCGACGGUGGUUCGGGCAGUCAUUGGCUCGGUGACCCUCUCUUAAGCAUUUCAAGCAACGGUUCUGUUCCAUUAGGCGGUCCUUUCUUGCUUGCGGGUUUCCAUAUCUAGUACAUUCGCUCGGAAAAUGGUUUCCUUGGCACAAGGAACAACAGGACGAUUUUGGUUGGUUAGCAACUGGAAAUGAACGAGUAGGCUCUGGCUGAUA